AACGAACGAUGGAAUUGCACCGCCAAACCAUUUACCUAUUCAUCGAUCCUGGCGUAAAAAGAGCAUACGGCUACACAGAAUGCACAAUAGAAGGAGUGUGUGAGCUAACAUUCAAGGUGGGAAUGCUGAAAAUAGAGAGCGUGCACAUAAACGAUGAGCCUGCACAGUACAAGAUCAACACAGACACGCACAUAAUUGAUGAAAAUGAGCGAGUGAUAAACAAGGCACUGUACAGCAAGGUGAUUGACCACAAGCAUACGCUUACCAUGUGCACGGCUCAUGGUAUGAGCACGGUACGAAUGCACUUCGUGCCCAAUGUACGUUUUUAUGAGCGCUUGCCUGGUGAUCAUAAGCAUGAGGAGGUGUUGGGAAUGAACGGUGAGACUGUUCUUUUUCCGUAUCUCGAUGGCAUGGCGGAGUACACGAUGGUGUACGUGGUACCACCCGACUUCACGGUGGUCAGUCCGGGACAGCUCGUUGGAGUGAUCGAGCACUGCGAAUGCAUCGUGCACACGUACACGGUACGUGCGUUUGCUGAGAAUGUGUGCUUUGCGGUGGGAUCGUACGAGGCGUACGAGAUCAGCGCUGUUAAGACGCUGUACGUGCCGCGGUACACGGAAUAUGCCGAUCUGAAGAGCGACCUGAACGCAGUGCACAAAUUCGUAAACAAUUUUGUGGGAGGCGACCAUACGCUGCCGCUUAGCAUCGUGUUCACGAUGAUGCCGUGCACCGCCGUUGCGCUACACGUGGCGGUGCUUCCGAUGAGCACGUUCCCCACGGCGGACGACAUCGAGCACAACUUUGCGUUCAAGGAGCGUGUGGCACGGCUCAUAGGCACGCAGCUGUUCAUGAACACGUACUUCGAGCGUGAGGAUCUGUGGCUCAAGAUGGGUCUGAUCGGGUACGUUGCCGACCACAUUCUCAAGCACAUGCUCGGCACCAAUGAGUUUCUGUUCAGGCUCAGAAAUGCGAUUGAUGCAAUCGUAAGGGACGAUCACUUGCACCUGCCCUUGUACGCACCGGCACGCACCGUGCACUCGUACCGCUCCGCAUUCGUGUGCGCAAAGGCAGCGGUGUUCAUGCACAUCCUCGAGAACAACACAUCUCUUGCGUUUAUGCAAAAAAUUGUGAAGAUUUGUUUGAACAGAGAACGCAUAAACACACACGCGUUCAUUGGCGUGGUGCGCGACGUGACGGGCAAAGACCUGCGCAACGAGCGCAUGAUAUACCGGAACAACAGCGGCACGUACACCGGGGAGGUGAGCAUCGAUCUGAAGAAGAACCAAGUGAAGAUUGUUUUUAAUGGGCCGGUGAACACCGUGGUGCAGUCGCACGAGGUGGAAGGGGUGUAUGAGCACAAUGUUAAGAAGGAGCUCACGUACACGUACCAUAACAGGCGUAAGAAGGACGAAGAGAGCGUGCUGUUCAUACGGGUGGACCCGUACAUCACGCAGCUGAACACGUACAAGCUCGUGCUCAAGGGCACGAUGUACGGCAACUUAACGCGCGACAAGAACGUGCUCAGCCAGAUGGAGGGCAUCAAGCACGUUGAUGAGUGCGAGCUUGAGCGUCUUGUGUAUGACGUGCACGUGAACUACCGUAUAAAGCUGAUGGCCAUGCACUACCUGGGCAUAAACAGCAUUCUCUCGUUCUUUGUAAAGAAGUUCUGCGUGCAAGGCAGCACGAUCAUCAAGCCGAACAUGUUUACCGUGCUGAACCACCAGGUGCUCGUUGGUACGAUGCGCAUUCUCUCGAUGUUUGAUCCGCACGUGAAAAGGGUUGUGAAUGAGAAGGUUGUGAGCGUAGGAGCGAUACUUAAGGCAUUUUUCUACAACGUGCUGCGGUACAACGAUAAUUCAAGCAAUGCUUACGAUGAUUCGGUGUUUGUAGGGCAGUUGAUACGUGGUCUGUCGUUUAUGCUGACCGUGCACGGUGGUACCGGUGAGGAUAUCGGUGAUAACAUUGGAGAGGGUGUUUAUGAGGGUGUUGAUGGUGGUAGGGACAGCGAGGAUGAUGAAAUAGGUGGGAAUGGGGAUGAUGGCAGCACCGAUCGUAUUGAUAACACUGAUCGCACUGCUAAUGCAGAUCGUACUAUGAGUGCAAAUCAUAUUAGCGGUGCCCUUGACGGUGCAAUUAACAAAACGGUGAGUACUCCCCAUGAUACCACCCCUAGCACCGUAAAAAAUAAUUUAUGGGACCGUAAUGAUGCGGAGCACCGUGAAAUAAUGAAUAAGGAAAGAGAAGGGGUGAUUGAUACGGACCGUGGUCGCACGGGUACGAACCACCUUAACACAACGGCUGAGUGCGAUGAUAUUUAUCUUGAGAUCAUAGAACGGUACAGAAUGAAGGACAUAAUCUUUCCUAGCAACUGCAACAGAGUUACAUGUGCUGUUCUGUACUUCUACGGUCGGUUGGACCUGUACGGCAUGGUAAACAUGAACAUAAACUAUCUGCUGCUCUUGAUACGGCCCGCUAAUUUCAUAGAGGUACGCUGUGCUGCUGCCGAAAUACUCACUUUCAAAAUCAUUCUUGACGACGAGGAGAUCAUCCUGUCGCAGAUUACCGAGCACUCGCACGCCGCAAAACAGGCACGCCACCACACAAUAACAUACGAAAUGCUAGACACGAUGCUACGCAUGGACAGUGCCAUACAAAUCACCGUGUACAAAACGAUAAACAAUCUGAUCACGUGCACCGCUUACAACUCGUUUGUGAAGGGCAAGCUGGACAAAUCGUACUUUUACGACAGGCUAAGGAGUACGGAGGAGGCAUCGGUGAGAGAACACAUUCUGGAAGUGAUCUACUUCUUGGAAGGGUUGGAUGUGGAGAUAAGAACGGAUGAGUACUUGGAGCAUGAGCUGAGUAGCACUGUGGAGGAUGAUGGUGGUGUGCGUAUUAAGGUGGCACCUUUGGUUGAUUUGAAGGUGCGGUUGAGGGUGCAUGGUGUGUGCGAUGGUAUUGUUGUUAGGAGAAUAGUGCCUGUGAAGGAGAUGGACGGUGUGGUUAAGCUUAAGGUUGGUGCACGGGUCGGGGUAGGUGUGCCUGGUAAGAGAAUGAAGGUUGGUAAGGUUAGUAGGGUGGGUAGGACGGGGAACAAUAAGACCGGUAGUGUUGACAAGAUUGGUGUAGGUAGCAAGACUGGCAGUGGCAACAGCAUUGGUGGUAAUGACCCUAUCACUGCCGCUAACGAUACUGCAAGCACCAAAAAUAUUGUGAAAAAUAGCAAUGGAACGGUAAAAAAUGGGAAGACCGGUCAUAAAACGGCAAGAACUACAGAUUUAGCACGGGCUACCGAACAAACAGAAUGGUGCUUUACAGAUAAUGCGAUGAUAUCACGUAUUAUUGAUGAAUUUAAUGAUAAAAUGGCAUUUUCACCGGGUAUAACCACGGAAAAAGACCUGAGAGCGUUUCUUACGCACGUAUUUGUAAGCGAAGAUGUUAACACGAAGAGUUACGCUCUUGCACGCACGGUUUACAACGAGUUAGAACGCGCCAAACUGGAAAUACCGCUCGUGCACAGAAUGUACACUCCCCUUACAGACGAUCAAAAACAUAAAAUAAAGAAAUUGCUCAACACGCUCACCAUUCCACAGUUCUCCCGUCCAAAGAACUACAAAGACAUCACCAGAAAGCCUAAAACUGUGUACUCCUUGAAAAGAAAAUUGGAUGGAAUCGUUGUGCUUGAGUUCUUCAAGCUAGAAGUAAUCGAUUUCAUAGAAAAGUGUGCGUUGUUCACACCAAAACGUAAUUUUAAUGAGAAGAGCCUUCUUUCGUAUCUGUACAGCAUACCGGAGAGCAAACAUGUGAGUGUGUAUGAGCUGCUGGAGCAGUGCUUUGAGCUUAUUAAGACGAAGAAGGUGUGUGCGGAGUUUAUCGAUGAGGUGAAGGUGGAUGGAUAUGACACGGUGGUGUGCAAGCCUAUGUACCUCAAUUUGAUAGUGCGCAAGCUUAAGGAUAUGCGUUACGGGUGCGUGCUUGAUGUAUACAAGGAUGUUGAGCUCAUUGCAGCGAAUGCUGCGCUCUUCAAUGGUGAGAAUAGCGUGUACGCUGCUGAUUCCAAGCACAUUGUGAAGUGGUUUAAGCGUAUUGUUGGUGGCAUGUUAGGUGAUCUUUACAAUGAUGUUGAUUAAGGGCACGUACUGUAAUGUGAUUUGAUACGCAUAGUACCGUGUAACGUGAUUUGAUACGCAUAGUACCGUGUAACGUGAUUUGAUACGCGUAGUACCGUGUAAUAGUACCAAAUACUGUUACAUAUCGUAGUACCAAAUAUUACUGCAUGGCAAGACAUCAUUACGAUCGUACAAUACUGAUGAUGAUCAUACCCUGCUUGUUACUCAAAAAAUGUCCCCUUUACUUCACCAUUAACGUAGUAUAGUACACUUUAACAACCUCUUCUACACCUGUCAGUCAGCAUCUCUCAGGGUUUGUUGCCCUCAUUUUCUACCAUCACGAACUUACUGCUCAUACAGGGGCUGUUCAUUUUCCUUAAAUUUAUAAAAUAGACUGAAUUAAAUUAAAGAAGACUUCUCAUUUUAGUCAAAUUAAAAUUGUGAUAGGUACGUAUCGAGGGUAUCAUUGCAAAUCAGAUACAUCUUUAGAAAUUGAUGUAUACAUAUUUCUUAUAAUCAUGUAUUGCUAUUUUUGCUUAUAUUGCCAGUCACGUGCUAUCGCUUGUACUAUGUAUUGACUGCAAUACCAUGAUAAAUUGUGGUAAAAGAUGGAAACGGCUUAAAAGGUGCA